AUGGUAAUAGAUUCUCUCUCAACUGUCUCUUCUCCGGCGGCGACCGAUCGGUCGCCGGAAGACCAAGACUUGCUAGAAAGGAGUACCAAGAAGGCCAAGCGAGGACGGGAUGCAGUAGGAACGACUGCUGAGCCCUCUCCCAAACAGGUUACUAUGGAGUCACCCACUGAACCAAGAGCUUUUUCGCCGGAAUCGUCUCAAUGGAGGACGCCGGUGAUAACACCGAAUCAGGUCUGGAAUCGCAGAGAAUCGUUUCAACCAACUGAGGAAGCAGAAGAGUCUGAUGAUGAUACUAUGGAAGAAGACGGUCGCUCCUUCGACUAUCCAGUCAUCAAGGUUACGAAAGAAGAAAAGAAGAGACUUCGCCGGCCAUGGCGUAGGUCUCUCAUACUGCGCGUACUGGGCAGAACCGUGGGAUAUUCUUUCCUGCUCCAACGAUUACAAAGAAUGUGUAAGACACAGGCUAGUUUCGAUUUAAUUGCACUCACUAACGAUUGUUAUAUAGCUAAAUUCGAAACCCUUGCCGAUUAUGAAGCGGUAAAACUCGGUGGUCCAUGGAUGGUCCUUGACCAUUACCUGAUUACACAAGUUUGGAGACCAAAUUUCGACCCAAGAAGCAGCAGAACGGAUAAGAUUUUGGCGUGGAUACGCUUCCCUUCGCUCCCAAUUGAAUACUUUGACGAAGAGUUUUUAAAGAAAAUCAGAAUUUCGAUCGGGAAACCAAUCAAGAUUGAUGUUACGACUGGUCUAGCUUCGAAGGGUAAGCUUGCAAGAGUAUGUGUAGAACUGGAUAUUACUAAGCCGCUCUUGUCCAACUUUGUGAUUAACAUGACGGAAUGGCCGAUCGAGUACGAGGGAAUCCACUAUAUCUGCUUCAAAUGUGGAGUCUACGGUCAUCGUACGGACCUUUGUGGUAAAGAUGCUCCUCCAUCACCAGCUGUUGAGGAGAAUUCGACUGGUACGAGUGAGAGGCCACCGCCUGCUCCUCCGGUACAGAAACCCAAAGAAAAAUAG